GAGAAAACUGAAAUGCAAUUACAAAGUGUCCGGUGGUAGACCGGAAAAAAGAAAUUAUUGUUGCAUUUUAAAUUUCAUCAUUUACUUUGCCUUGCCAAAGAGAAUAAGAGUAGCAGUCCUAAAGUAAAUUCUAAACCAAUAAAAUGUCCAUAGUUCGUGUGAAAAAAGCCCGAGUGAAUUUUCAAAGAGAUUUUCGCGACUUUUGCCAUUUGCCAAAUUAUUUAAUGCGAAUUUAUGGCAGAGAUUUCUCGGAGCGCAAACGUACAAAAUGGCAAACACUCUUGCUGAGGCUGUAUGCUGUGGUGACCGUUUCCAGUCACAUCUAUUGUUUCUAUUUCAUUUCGCAGCAGGUCUUCUUGAUGUUUCUGUCUGGAGUACCAAACUUGGAAUUGUUUUUACGUCUGCUCUCCGGUUUUAAUUAUGGCCUAUUUGCGAUAAUGAAAUAUUUGGCAUUUAAAAAUCGUAUCACGGAUGCUGCAGCUAUUAAUCGAGUGUUGAGGGAAAUCUAUCCUAAAGCUGGAAGGGAGCGAAUUUUGUAUCGCGUUAAUGCAUUUUUCUGGCCCAAAUGGAUGUUGACGGUGAUUUAUUUCUAUUUCGGGGCAGUGGCAUUUAUUGUCCUUUCGCCGCUAUUGGAAAGUGUUAUUGUGUUUGUAAUUGGUGUCGGUCGCUUGGGUUGGAAUGAGGCCCAAUUUGGCUAUAUUAAACUAUAUGAUAUUCCCUAUAGUUUCGAUCAUCGCAGUCCAUUUGCCUAUGUGCUCACCUACAGCAUAGAACUGUUCCACGCCCAGUUUGUCAUCAUCUGUAAUGUUUGUGGAGAUAUUUGGCUUCUAUGCUACGCCAUGCAGUUGUGCAUGCAUUUGGAUUAUUUGAUCAAGAUUUUGGAGCACUAUGAGCCUCGUGUGGAACAUCAUUUAAGGGAUACACAAUUUAUUGCAGGGUUUUCACAAAAACAUCAAAUUUUAUUGAACAUUGCAGAUGAUGUCAACACGGUAUUUGGUGUCCAACUGCUACUAAUUUUGAUAUCCACUGCUGCCACAAUUUGCUGUGCCGGCAUUUACACCUUGACACAAGGUGUGGGGAAGGAACUGCUGGAGUACGUUGCCUUUCUGCCCUGUGUCGUUGGCCAGUACUAUUUGAUUUGCUUCUAUGGCCAAAGACUUGUUUCGUCUAGUGAAAAUGUGGGUGCAGCUGCCUACAAUCAUGCCUGGUACAAUGGUUCGCCAUCAUAUAAAAAAUCAGUUUUAGUUAUUAUGACUCGCUCACAGAGGUCGAUGAAAUUGAAAGCCUAUGGCCUUAGUUCUGUUAGUUUAGGAUCAUUUCGGAUGGUUAUGAGUGAAAGUUAUCGGUUUUUCGCUGUGCUUAAACAUGCUGUUUUCGAUAAGAAGAAUUGAUGGGCGAGAAUGUUGGUUUGCUUUUAAAUAAAAUAAAUAAUUACAUUUUUUACUAUAUUUUUUAACAAUAAAAUAUUAAC